AUGAAAAGGCACGUGUCAUUAUCUGACAUAUUGACAGGUAACAGGAAAAAAGUUAGAAGACAAGAUGCUCUACAGAUUACCAUCGAUGAGGAAAAUGACGCUGAAUGCGGCACUUUUGAGGCCAGAACAUCCAACCACGACGAUUCUUCAGUCAUAUUUUUAAACCAUUCUAUUGUGAAACCAAUUGAAGCUACUUCCGCUAAUCCCAGAUCCGCAAAGGAGUUUUUGAUGAUGAAACGCACCAAAGAAAAAUGCGAUAAUGAGGACGAUGAUCUUAUUGUGAUCAGUGACAAGAGCUCCAAAAGAAACACUGAUGAUGCCGAAAUUGCAGUUUCACAUGAGCAAGAAGAUGAUAUUUCCAUAAUUUCCACAUCGAGAAUUAAAUCAUCGCUUCUCAAUGAAAGAGCUUCAAAGAUUAAGAACUUGCUCAAGAACGAGACCAGCGAUACCAGCAAAAGGUUGAAUAGCAUUUCUAAACUGAAGGAGAUAGAGCCACCAUUACCGUUACAUCAAUCAAUUUACCCAGUAGAUGGCAUAGAGCUGUCGGAUGAGAAUGUUGAAAUCCCACUUCCUCUACGCAUACUACCGCCACUAAAUCAUAUUUUUCUUCCUAUUGAUUAUGAAACGUUGAAAGACAGGAGUUCAACGUCUUGUAUUCCCGUUCGCUAUCGAGCUCCCAAAUUACUAGGCACAAAUGUCAAAAGGAAUACAACUCUCACAUGGCCACAACUGUUCAAGCCUCUCACAUUAAAACAGGUAUUAAUCGAACCCAAAUUGAAAUUGCGAAUCAAGAAUUGGAUUCAAACAUCUUUUCAUAACCUAGAAAAGCCUACCUCAAGGAAUCGUUUACUAAACAGAAUAAAUUCCAAUAAACAGCAAGGAUCUGUUGAUGAACUUGCCAACUUCAUUGUACCUGAUUUCGAAGAAGACGAAAGUUUGCGUGCAAAUUUCUACAAAAAUGGCGAAGCAAAUACUAACUUAAGUGAAUUUGUUCCACUAAUGAUAUUACAAGGCAAUGCAAUAGGCAAGAAAACGUUGAUACAAACGGUCAUGAGAGAGAUUGCUGGCGACGAUAACUCUUAUCAGAUAUAUGAAGUUAACCCAAACAUGAACAGGAGCAAGAAAGAUUUGCUUGAUACCCUGUUAGAUUUUACCACAACGCAUUACGUGAAAGAUUCCUCAAAAAGGAAAUGUGACUACGGGCUUGUUUUAUUUAACGAUGUUGAUGUGUUAUUUAAAGAACAUGACAAGGGAUUUUGGUCAAUGAUCAACAAGCUUUGCGAAUUUUCAAGAAGGCCCCUGAUAUUGACCUGUAAGGAUUUGUCAUUAAUCCCUGGCGAACUUAUUACUUUGACAACUGAACAAAAUUCUUUGUUUCAUACUAAGAAGAUUAGUACAUCUACGGUCCAUGCAUUUCUAACAAAAUAUUUAAAGUCCCUGGAGAUUGAAGUUUGUGACGACUGGCUUCAUGAUAUUAUUAAACAAAAUAAUGCGGAUAUUAGGAAGUGCUUGAUGUGCCUACAGUUUUGGUGCGUUAGUACCGAGGCUGAUUUGAUUUUAUCUGAGAGCCGACCACCGAUUCUAACAUCGACCCUUGGCUCAAGCGUUAAAGAUAUAUCGAAAUUAACUGAUUUACUAUCCCUAAAUGAUGUUAUUGGUCAAGCAACGCGAAAUCGUUCGAUGGUUAGGCAAGAAAUAGAUUCCACCACAAUGACUCCUGAAAAAGUUCAUGCUUUCCAAGAUCCAAAUUUAGAUGAUGAAAUGAAACUGCAAUCCGAUUACGUGAUAGAUUAUAAAUUGCAUUUAAAUGACCCUAAUAGGCAACCGUUACUACCAUUUGAAUUGAAUAUUUACCAACACAUCCAGGAACAACUGGAAGCUCGGCAUUCCUACGGCCGAGAAUUGACACAAAGACUUGACAACGAAUACCUUGUUAAUAGAUUCAAAAAAAUGACCGAAUCUACAAUAAAUUUUUUGGCUUCAAGGACACCGAAGUAUGACCAUCUACAAUCGACAAGAAGAACGAGAAAUUCCAAGAAAAUCUCUGAUAUUUUAAACCAAUUCAAAGGAAUUUAUAAUGUUAAUACACCGAAUGAAAAUGCCGAGGUUCACCUGUUAAGCGCCACAGCCCAACAAAUUAGAGCAGAAAUUAAUCCCUUCGUUUUUGAAAUCGCCAAAAGUGAUGCCAACGUCAAGAAUGAAAACAAGCAAAUAUUUGAGUUGCACAGUGAAAAUGUAUCAGAAAGACGAUAUAAAGACCUGGUCUAUCAAUUGUCCCAAGACGGCGUCUUAAAAAACGUAUGGUUCAAGGCUGACCCAAGCAUAGUUGUGAGAAAAUGGGAGCAUCUGCACUCAGGAGUUUCAAGACACAAGUGA